AUGCAUCAAGGUCGUCUAAGACUGCGACCCUGGCUUGAGGAGCAGAUACAGUCAGGGAAAUACCCAGGGGUCACCUGGCGUGAUGAGGUAAGAUAUUGUUUCAGAUGUUUUAAAUAAUUUUACAAUAAAAAUGUCAUAAUCCAGAUUGUCAUUGCUUUUGUUCUUGUACAUUUGUAGUAUGGUUAUACUGUACUCUUAAAUGCAUUUAGGUCCAAUGUUUGAUACAUAAAAAGCUUUUAGGCCACAAAUCUUAAUUAUGUUAGAUAUUGUGUUAACUUUUACUCACACCAGAAAAUGCUUAAGUCCAUAUCCCACAGGUAUCAUAUCUCAAGUGAAAUAUAUUUCUGUUUAUAGCCAAUAUAAUUUAAGUCCCCUCUCUAAUAGAGGUCUCACUUCUUUCUUUUUGGAAUAUACUGCUUUUGUCACAGUCCAGAUAUGAAAAGAUAAAAGGUUUACCAUUUUGACAACUCUGCUUUGAUCUUUAGACAGCUCAAGUUUUUCAGAUUCCUUGGAAGCAUGCGGCUCGACAUGGUUGGAAUAUAGACAAGGACGCUACUUUGUUCCGAAACUGGGCGAUACACACAGGUAAGAAGCAAGUCCAGACACCAAUGGACAAAGCUCACUGAUUGCACUAUGAAAAUCUCUCUUCCACCAUGGCAUGAAGGUAUUAUGUAUACCCAAGUGUCGCAUGGUCCGUUGCCGGUAAAGUGCAUUUAUCACAUCUCUAAAGCCAGUUAGAAUAGCAGCAAAUGUAUCCGUUUGCUUGCUCCAAUAUUUGUCACUGAUACUUGAUAUUACAUAAUACAUCCAGGUUAGCACUAAAUAUCCACUUCGUUGUGUCUAGUGUUUGGAACAUGGACCUAAAGAACAGAGUUCUGCAUUUUUACAUGACCCUUGUGGAUUAAACCUUUUCAAAGAUUUUAGCCUUAUUCUCCUCUUCCAUGUUCAAUUGCCAUAGCAACUGAAACCCUGAAAAGCCAUCUGCCUGUAAACAUGUCACACAAGCCAAACUACAUUUUUUUGAUGUAUUCAGAUCUAUGGAUGGGAAAAUCAAUUUCAAUUGUUGUGGAUAUGGGUAGUUUUAUCAAUUGCUACAAUUGUUUUCUGUACUGACAAGGGCAACAAAUUGACCUAUUUGUGCAUGUUUUCCAAGUCAGUAGUCAGAACCUUUGGGAUACAACAAUACUUGCUCAUCCUUUCUUGUAUGUAAAAUGACACAGUUCACAGGUUUGCUUUGAUUAAUUCAUUUUAUCCCUUUGGUUCAAGGCAGAUACAAACCUGGGAUAGACAAGCCUGAUCCUAAGACAUGGAAAGCCAACUUCCGAUGUGCCCUGAACUCUCUACCCGAUGUGAAAGAGCUACAAGACAAGAGCAUCAAGAAGGGCAGUAAUGCCUUCAGGGUUUACAUGAUGCUGCCUGUUAUUAAAAUGACCAAACAAAGAAAAGGUGAGUAGCUUUAGAAAGCAUGCUUUAUGCCAUCAUUUUGUUGAUAUAUACGAUCAAGGGUAUACAUCUCAAUGAUGGAAUAUAGCCCAGUGAGAAUAAUGACAGUCAUGUGUUAUUUGCUGCCAUUUACUUUGUUCCUGUCUAGGACUAAAGGAGUCAGAUGUUGCCAUUAAACAAAGUCUGAUCUCCCUCUCAGAAACUCAGGCAGGUUCUUGUGCGCCACUGGAUAGGUUUGCAGGUAGGGACAACUCACUAUAUAGUGUAUUGGCAGAAAGUCACUGUCUUGCAUGUUCUUAUGGCGUGUUGAUCAGUGAAUUGGGUUCUCUUGGUAUCAAGCCUUCUGUCAAAUUCAAUGUUUAAGCAUCAGCCAUCCUUGUUUCCAUAGAGGUUUUCCUGAAGUAUAGAGGUGGGCAGGCCAGUCACAGCCCUGGUAUCUUUCAUGUCAAUGACAAUUACCCUCCCUACAACACCAUAAAGGAUGAACAGUCACCAGAACAGUCCUACUCUCACCAGUCUUCCUUCACAACUGAAGUGCAUGGUAAGAGCUGCAAAGUAUAUAGCUAAAGUGCCAAACAUACAAAAGUAGUUCAAGCGCAUGACUUUUUUUCUUUCUAGAAAUAACCUUUUGCAUGGCCUUAUUUUUACGUGUACAGAAAGUUCUGAUACUACCACUGAUGACAAUGAGCAAGCAGAGGCUGUAUUCAAGGUAAAUUAGCAGUUGAAGUUUCUGUGAUUUCUGAGGGGAUUUGUGUAUUGCUGUCAUUUGUAAACUCGUUAAUAUGACUAAUAUAUGUACAUAAAUUAAAAUGACAUUCCAUGCAGCUACAAUUUUAAACCAGUGAUAUGUGCUCCUGCAGAUAGUUGAUCACCUAAAAACCGUAGAGCACUGGAGCCAGUCUAAUGAAAACAGAAGCAGCUGGAGGGCAGCAGCCACCGGCUGGGUGGACUGUUACUGUAAGGCACUUGGCUACUGCCUACUUUCUCUGUACUCUCUGAAUGGACAACUUUUUCAAAUAAUUUCCUCAGAUAUGGUCAACUUUUUUGGGUCGGAAAUUCUUCUCAAUAUGUUUAUCCUCCACUCUACAGGUGAGGAUAUGGAUUACUUUGGGUAUCCCUUACAGACCGAUUGCUACACACACAGUGCACAGCAAAGACCACUUCUAUAAGACGAGUGGGAGCAACAUGCAUCCAACAGACUGCCAUGCUAAAAUCCCUGAAAAAGGUGGGAAAAAAACAUUCCAAGCCAAGCCAGGCACAUCUCUAUAAUACUGUAUUCAGAUGAAUUGUAAGACUAACCAAGCAGUUGAGAGCACAUACAGUACAUUAAAAACGAUUGAGUUAAUCACAUUAAGCUGAACAGGUAACGACUGUCAUUGUAGAAUAGAUUUUUUCCCCCUAAAAUGUUUGCCUUUUAUUAAACUUAAUUGACAAAAGGCCUAUGUUUAAAGUUGUUUUCAUUAUAACUACACAUUUUUCUAGAAACUUCUUAAAUUGAGAGUAUUAGCACAGCAUCUCAGGAAAUGCCUUUCAAGAUACAUGAAGCAAUGUCCAUGGAGGAAUUUAUUUCUUUAGGAAAAAAAGGAGCAGGUAAAAAUAAAAUAAAGACAACCAUUUCAUUCCUCAGACCACCUUUAAUGAAAAAACAUCUCAUUCCAAUGAAUGGGUUUAUCAAGUACAGAUAGUUAAAUAUAUAAUUGCAAAGCAAUCAGCUCGUACAUAUUUGGUGGAUAUACUUUUGGGCGCAGGGUUAGCCAGUCCCCCAAACACCAGUAAAAACCGCCAGCUUGGUGUGCAGGAAACAGACAGACAGCCAUGUCAUCAGUCCAGAGAACGGAAGUCUGUGGUCAAUAAUCAAAUGCACUGCUGAAGCUGCGUUUAUGACUGCCUCCACCUCCUCUCCAGUUGCCACCACCACCACCGUUUCUGAAGCCACGGCCACCUCCCCGUCCUCCACCGCCACUUCCACCGAAGGAGCGUCCGUAUCCACGGUCGCCGCGGUCACCACCCAUGCGCUGUUUCUCCUCCAGCUCAGGGAGCUCUGUGGCGAUUGACAGCUGCCAACGUCUACCAUCCUGCCACGCAUCCUGAGGAAAAGAAAACUGGAGUGGUCACCACAAGUACAAUAGUGUCUCUGUGUUACUAACCACAUUAUCUACUGUGUCCUUAAUGAACAAGCAUUUGUUAAAAAAAAAAAAAAAAAACAAUGAUGUGAGGGAUUGCUUUUGUUAUGAAAUUUGAGGCAGUAGCAUCACUCUGACAAAGCUUGACAGUAUGGCUGGGGAAAUAAUACUCCAAACAAUGAAAAUGCAGUUUGAAAAAUGGGCUUGGAUAAUUGCUCCCCUUAGCUUUGAAUCACCUUACACCAAGCAUUUUACAUGUGUCCAAUUGCUUACAGUUAAGAGGAAAGGUAUCUCUGCUUUCUACUUACUUGGUACUCCUUUACUUUGUCAGCCGGAACAUCAAAACAGACUCCCUGCAAAACAAAACCAAAGUUCAGUCAGCGUUUGAACCAUAAUAUUUUCCCUUAACAUUAGGCAAGUCAAUUACAGAGUCUCAAUAGUAUUGUCAUUAUAGUACCAACAGUGAAGGAGGGUGGUUUCAUUUCAAAGGUGAAAACAGACGUCACCUGUUCCCUCCCGAACUGAGGCACAUUAAAUGACAAGCGUACCAUUUUUCCCUUGAGGAAGGUCAUCCCGCGGAUCAUGUUGUCAAUCUCCUCUCCCAGUUGCUCCUUUAGACCACGCCAAGCACAGCCAAUGUUUUGCAGCUCCUGGGAGCAGUUCAUUGUCAUUGUGGUGUAGCCCUGGAAGGUUUGAAUAACAAACAUUAAACAGAAGUUCAAACCAUUCAAGAUGCAUUUUAAACCAUUCAGGGCAUUUACACAUCAUUCAUUAUUCAAUUGCUACAUAUAAAUAGCACUGAAUGUGUGAGUUAGUAGAGCCUGAACACUCACAGCGUCAGAGUUGAGGAGGGACCUCUGCUCCAGUGCAGUGGCACCUGAUAUGUGUGCCAGGGCGGCAGCCAGGGCAUCCACGGCUCCACGCUCCUCAAUCAGCUUGGUAGCAGACACACGGAAGUACUCAAUGGCUUGGGGAGGCACAGAGUCUAAAAACCUCACUGCAUCUUUACUGGAGGAUUUGAUGAUGUCAUUGGCAGUGGGCACUCCAACUCGCUUAAAUGUGAUGCCUGCUUUCUGCUCUACGUAUCGGAGCUGGUCUUCCUCUUUGCGUUGGUAGAAACAGAUGCAGACGCCUGUCCUGCCAGCCCUACCAGUGCGACCUGACCGGUGAAUGUAUGACUCCACAUCCUGGUAGAGGGUCAAAGCAACGUUCAUGUUUUAAUACAUUAUUGUUCUUGCUAGAUCAAUUAGUGUUACUACACAGGUAUAAGAGCAACUAACAGUGUUAUCAAAGUAUUUGUCUACCUUUGGGGGUGAGCACUGCACGACCAGGUCUACCUCUGGGAUGUCCAACCCACGAGCAGCAACGUUGGUGGCCACUAAGACCUCAAAGGUGCCACUUCUGAAGCCUUUCAAUGUGAUCUCCCUCUGCUUCUGAGGAAUAUCCCCAUGAAGUGACUGGGAACUCUGUAACAUUCAACAUGUAUCACAAUCAGUCAGAUAAUAAGCCAAUGAACACAGAAAUACAGUCAACUACCUCACUUCAUUUUCAAUGUAAUUUCACAUCUCAAGUCUAACCUUCCAUGUUUAUCCUGGUAUCAAUGUCAUACCUCACAAAUGUUAUGUAUGCACUGUGUAACAAAAUGUCAACAACAAAAAAAAAACUGCUAUGGCAGGUUUCUGGUACCUGUUUUAUGGAGGCGUUCAUUGACAACUCGUUGGCAUCCUUCUUGGUCUCACAGAAGACGAUGGUGCGGCCGUGGCUGCCACUGUACACCUGGACCACAUCCCCAAUGACUGCAGCCCUCUGGGACCAGUGACACGCAAUGGCAAG